AUGUCGAUGACUGGAUAUUUUCAAUUGCAUUGGAACGAAGAAAGAUUAGCCUGGGAUACUGACCCUACAUAUAAUACAAUACCUUAUAUCUUCAGUACAUCUGCAUACACAUGGCGGCCAACAUUAUUUAUAGCGAAUUCAGUUGGAGACCUUGGUAUUAUAGACGAUGAUGUCAAUAUGAUGAGAAUAUUGAUGGAAGGCGUGGUCAAUUGGGCACAGAUGAGGAUGAUAACAACACAUUGUGAUAGUGACAUCACAUAUUAUCCUUUUGAUGCACAGAAAUGUUCCAUUGUUAUAUCUAGUUGGUCUUAUUCAAAUAACGAAGUCACUAUUUUAUUUGACACUAACCCAGUUAUAAUGGAUUUCUUCAGUGAGAAUGGGGAAUGGGUUUAUGCUGGUUACGAAACUUCCGUCUACACUGAGUAUAGAGGUGAUCAAAUUCCUUUCGAUAUGGCUAAACUACAAUUUAAAUUUGUUCGUCGACCUGGUUUUAUAGCAAUGAACAUUAUAUUACCAGUGAUUGGAUUGGCGAUUCUGACUAGUUUUGUGUUCAAGGUAGAAGUUAAUUCCGGAAAGAUUGGAUAUUGUUUGACUGUGAUGUUGGCGUACGCCGUUUACCUCACUUUAGUUGCGGAUAAUAUGCCGACAACGUCGGUAAAUAUAUCUGUUCUCAGUCUUUACAAUUUACUGGUGCUGAUAGCUGGGAUUCUCUCUAUUCCAAUUACUUUGUUUAUACUUAGAUGUCACCAUAAGAUCCCACAAGACCAAGUACCAAAAUGGCUGUUGUCGACUACUUCCUGCUUUCAAAGGUUUCUCCGUAUUUCCACUUGCUUCUGCUGCAGAAGAAAAGAUGAAAUAUCAACAGAGGUGAAAGACUUUAAAUUAAAAACCGUAAGCAUCGUCAAUGUAAUGGAGAGCGAGACGAACACAAUAAAACCACGUGAUAAACUAAUGAUUGAGGCGAAUACAAUGAAACCAGGUGAUAAACAGGAGCUCACAUGGAGCGAAAUAGUCAGAAUUUGGGAUGAAUUCUUCUUCACCGUCUAUAUGGUAUUUGUUAUUGUCACAACAACAGUAUUGAUGAUCACAUUACUUUAUGGAUAUUAUGUUUUCGGACAAGAUGAGAGUUGA